AUGAUCUCUCGAUCCCCCGCCUUGGCGCAGAUGCGGCGUCGCAUUGUCCUCAUUCUCAUCCUCAUUUCUCUCAUUUCUCUCGCCCUCAUCGAAGCGCGUCCCAGUCCUUUGCGCCUCUCGCCACGCCAGCAGGCCCCGACUGGCGGUAGCAACACCGAUGGCGGCUCGUCGACGAAUGGUGGUGCCCAAUCCGCAGCAGAUGCAGCUCAGGCUGCCGGCUCGUCCAUCGAUACGGGGUCGGGAGGGGACCGUUCCACCCCUGCUACCAGGGCUGAAUUUGCGCGACUGCUGUCUGGCACCUUCUUUGGGUGCCUCGUGUCCCUCUUCCUCGGUGGAGCCGUCCUUGUCCAAGUGUGGUCCUACUUCGAGCGUCACGGUCGCCGUGGAUCGGACAAGCUCGGCGUACAGCUACUCGUAGCCGUGCUUGGCCUCUUCUCGCUCGCCUCCAAUGCCGUACUUGUGCACCGCAUCUACUUCAUCCAUGUCGCAAACUUCGGCGACUUUGCCUUUCCCCUCUUGACCAUCGGCUGGGAGCUGACGGUCAACUACAUCUGCAUUGCCUGCAUGACAACGCUCGUCCAGCUCUACUACGCCAAUCGGGUCUGGUCGGCAUACAAUUGCUCACGAUGGUUCUGGCUUCCCCUCGUCCUCCUCAUAGCCUACUCCUUUGCGGGUGGUGUUGCCUCCGGCGCCUUGUCGUAUCGUAGUGGCUCGGCGGCCAACGUAAGAGGAUCGGCUCUACAUGACUUCCAGCCAAACUCGACGCCUUGGCAAUGGAGUGUCGUCUUUGCUAGCUGGCUCAUCUGUUGCUCCACGGUGGAUGUCGGCCUGUGCGUGCUGCUCGCGCUGCAGCUCAUCAAGAUGAAGAGUCCCUACUUCUCCACGCGUCACGCCGUCGCUCGACUUCUCACCCUCUCCUUCGAGACCUGCUUCAUCACCGUCGGCUUCUCACUGGGCGCCAUGAUCCUCUUCCUUGCCGAACCGCAGCAGUUCUACUUCCUCAUCCUCCUCUCCCCGCUCGGUCAGGUCUCAGCUGCCUCCCUCAUCGCCACGCUCAUGGCUCGGCCGUCCAUCGCGGCCGAGAUCGCGCAAACGGACGAGAAGGCCAUUGGCGGGGCAAUUGAUGCGGAAGAUGUGGACGCCUUUGCCUCUCGCGCUCCGCCUUCCAUUGCUAAGCCGCUGGUCAAGCGCAUCAUGAAACGCGAGGAGCGACGCAGAGAGAGUCCCGUGCAGGUAACGAUGACGACGACGAUCCACCAGGAGGCGGAGGAGGAGGACGCUGCAGCCCUGCCUGAGGGCUGGUCUCUCAAGAAGAGUGCGAGCGACUUGAGUGGUGGGAGUGGGGACUCUUACUCUCCCAAGACGACGCGAGCCUUUGGCAACGAUGAGUCGCUUCUCCCUACCCACCACUACGGUGAGCAUUUUCUUGCCGCGGUCAAGGAGGAGAGUACCGCUUCUUCGCCCGCCGCAGGGACGCCUCAGCAGCCCAAACCGAAUCCGUUCAAUCUGACCGUGGCGAACAAGACGCCCGAGGGGACGCGGCGUGGCGGGAGCAACAUAAGCGGUUACUUUGGUGGCGGGCCUCCACCGUGGACCACACCCGGAACGGGCUCGAGGUCGCCGACAGAGAAGUCGCGGGACACUGGCACGAAUACCGCAAUCACCACAACACCAACAUCGACUUUGAAGAGGGGGGCCGGCCCUCCUUCUGCCUGGCCUGGAUCUAACUGGAAUAGCGCGUCGGACCGCGACUCGUAUGCUACGGAGUGGUCUACGGCCUCUGCUGCUUACCCGUCGUCCGGCAUACCUAGUACGAGUAUCGCUACGAUCAGGGCCAACAUGCGGGCAAGCGCGGCCACGAGUGCCGGAGGUGGGGUUGGAGGAGGCAGGGCUUCGUCCAAGCCUGCAAAGCCGCAGCCGCAGGCGCCGACGUAUGGGUAUUUGUAA